AUGCAGGCCCGGCCAGCGGUGCCACCACAGGCCGCCCGCCGUGAGGACCCGGCCCCACCAAGCCAACUCACUCCGGGGGUCUCUGCGGCCGAGCCCGGGACUUCUUGGUCCCAGGUGGUCGGCCGCAAACAAAAGAGGAAGGAGGCGCAAGCUGCAGCCUCCCCCUCAAAAAGUACGGAAAAGAGACCCGCUGUCUCAGGGGCCGCUAAGCCCGAGCAGCGCGCCACCCGCCCUAAAGUCGGGAAACCUUUCCGCUCUGCGGCCAUCACAAUAACCGCCAACGCCCAAGGUGCGGACGUGCCGGCGGCGGUGGCCCAGAUGCGGCGAAAGAUUAAAUUGUCGGACUUUGGAAUUUUCAAAGUCCGGCCCAAGAGAGCUGUUACCGGAGCUCUUAUAAUAGAGAUCCCCGGUGAAGGCAACAAAACCAGAGCGGAUCGCCUACACGAAGCCAUGUCUGCCUUGGCUAGAGAACUUGGGGUGAAGAUCACGAGGCCCGUGAAGACUUGCGAGUUGCGAGUCAAGGGCCUCGAUGAUUCUAUCACCCCCGAGGAGAUAGAGGAGGCUGUGAUGACCGUUGGGAGUUGUCGGCCGACUGAUGUAAAGGUCGGCCGAGCUCGCGCUUCCCCUAACGGGCUAUCCACAUCGUGGAUCCGGUGUCCAAUCGCUGUCGGGCGAAAGGUGAUGGACACCAGGUCAUUGAGUGUGGGGUGGGUGCGGGCGCCGGUCGAGGUACUUGAACGGCAGCAUCUACAGGCCACCGCUGCCUCCGGCGCGGGCACGUCAUCGCCACGUGCACGUACACCGCGCCGGAAAACGUAA